GGAGGCAAUUUGAGAUGACUGUCAAAGAGGCAAGGCAGUUCGAAAAGUCAGUUUCGCGCCGUACUUCGUACACGGUAGGUUGUGCGCUUUGUUAAUAAGACAGUACCAAAUUGUUUUAGCCAACGGGAAUAUCAGUGAAGAAAUUUGAAGACGUAUACCUACAGCAAAGCCCACGUAUACUUGGGUGCUUGAGAAACGGAACAGUUUGAAAUUAAUCGAAAAGAAGCAAAAAAUAAUUCAAGUUUUGUGGAAAAGAAAAUAUUUUAUCAAAAGAGAAGUUGUAUGCUGACUCGAGAGAAGGAGGGAGAAUGUGAAAGAAAAAAAAAUUAAUCAAAUUGAAAAGCUAAAGACAUAUUGCUUGAUUCAGCAAUAGUAAUAAGAAAAGGUUUUACAAGUAAUCUAAUUUCUCGGGAAUUUCAUUGUUGCAGCGAUAAUUCUGAUAUACUUAUCCUGAACAUAAGAUAAAAAUAUACACUGAUAAACUACAGUGACAUUAACUUCCGUCGUAUGAAUGCAUUACGUCCUUAAAACUCAAUCGAAUCCUAAAUGCGCGCAGUUUCGACGUUAUUUUAAUAUAAAAGUUAUUUGUUCGAGAAUUUUAUUAUUAUUACACCACAAAUUUUAAUUUGUAUUGCCAAUCAAAGCGUCGCUAUAUAGCGUCGUAUUAUAGACAUUCUUAUAAGUCACAAUAUUCUAUAAUAACUAAUUGAAGUAUACGCGAAGAUAAGUCCCCGGCGACGUUACGGAGUGAAAGUUUUCGCUGCGCCAAACAGCCACGGUUGGUCAUCCAAGCAACAACGGUACGGGACGAAAGGAUUCGCAAGUUACGAAGAGCGUCGCGACGCUUCCGAGGGAGGAUCGUAGAGGAAAAAGCCUAAAGUUAUGAUCGAUACAGAUGGUCUAAAAAAUGAUCAGAACAAUGAGGUACUGUCACAGAAAAUUAACACCGGCCAGGAUGACGACAUGGAAGCUUAUGGAUUUGAAAGAAGUCUGCUGGGUACGUUUCUCACAUACUUGUCGUACAUCUUGACUAUCGGAUGGGUCAGGUUAUUCUUUCAUUGGUAUCCGCAAUUACAUGUCUACGCAACGCACAGAAGAUGUCCAUUGAACCGUGCCACAAAACUGCUUAUUAUUGACGACUAUCAAGGAAAGUAUAAAUCAUACUUUGUCGAGGAUGUCGAAACCAUCUCUACGAAAAAUCUCAAUUCAAAAACACUGAGCUCCAGCUUGGGCAAGAUUGACGAAGACUUACUGAAGAGCGCAGAAGGAAAGGAGCUAAGAAUUUGUUUAGAAAAUGGUACCCAAGGCAACGUACUGGAAUAUCGUGCCUUCUGGUGCAAGAAGCAAUGUUACAUAUGGGAUACGAAUGGCCAUGAAUUCUCACGACUCGUCGGCCUAGACAAGUACAACCUCUGCACAGAUCUUCAUCUAGGAACUAAUCAGGGUCUGUCCAGAGAGGAAGAGCUCCUGCGACGAAUAGUCUAUGGAAACAAUGAGAUACUCGUACCAGUUAAAAGUAUAGGAGUACUUCUGAUUCUCGAGGUGCUCAAUCCCUUCUAUAUAUUCCAAUUGUUCACGCUGGCUGUGUGGUUCGCCGAGGGAUACUAUUACUAUACAGGAGCUAUAAUAUGCAUGUCGCUCUUUGGUAUUUCCAGUUCGAUUAUGCAGACUCGCAGGAAUCAAAUCAAUCUUCAUGGUACUGUCGCUUCUACUGAGACCGUAAGGGUCUCCAGAGGUAACGGUGUCUUCGAGAAUGUUUCUAGUGCUGAACUUGUGCCUGGAGAUAUUAUUGAAUUGCCACGCUAUCAGGGUAUAGUAGUGUGCGACGCCGUUCUGCUGACUGGACACUGUAUAAUAAAUGAAUCUAUGUUAACUGGAGAAUCUGUGCCAGUUACCAAAACACCAUUACCUCCGCAUCCUGUACUGUACGACUCAAAGGAAUGCUCUCAACACACGCUGUACAGUGGUACUACAAUAAUACAAACAAGAUAUUACGGCGAUGGGCCAGUCCUUGCACGAGUUAUAAGAACAGGACUGCAAACGAAUCGCGGUGCCUUGGUAGCAGCUAUUCUUUAUCCACCACCAGCAGAUUUUAAAUUUGAUCAAGAUUCUUAUAAAUUUAUUGGUAUACUGGCACUCAUUGCUACUUGUGGUUUCAUCUAUACAGUUGUGAGCAAGGCAUCGAGAGAUAUCACAGCUGGCGACAUUGCUAUAAAGGCUUUAGACAUAAUAACUAUAGUGAUACCACCUGCACUACCAGCAGCUAUGACAGUAGGAAAGCUCUACGCUCAGGCGCGUUUAAAACGAGCUCAAAUUUACUGUAUCAACAGCAGAGUCAUUAACGUAUCAGGUAGUCUGAAUUGCGUAUGCUUUGACAAGACAGGAACGCUGACGGAAGAUGGUCUGGAUAUGUGGGGCGUCGUUCCAAGUACAGAUGGUGAACUCGAGGAACCUGUAAAGGAAGUACCAGCUUUAAAGAAUCAUCCACUGUUUGAAGGGAUGCUUGUUUGUCACAGUUUAACUCUGAUUGAGCAUGAACUUUGUGGUGAUCCAUUAGACGUGAAGAUGUUUGAGAGUACUGGAUGGAUGCUGGAGGAGCCAGACGUGGCUGAUACCAGCAAGUAUGAUCUACUGGCACCUACUGUGGUGAAGCCACCAAAGAAUAAAAACUUUACAGAAAACAUGAAUGAAGUAUCAGAAAUUGGAAUUGUUCAGCAAUAUCAAUUCUCUAGUUCGCUUCAGAGAAUGUCAGUAAUAGUCAGGAUCCUUGGCUCGGAUCACUUUAAAGCCUACACUAAAGGUUCUCCGGAGAUGAUUCUUAGUCUCAGCAGACCAGAAACAAUUCCCAGGAAUAUUAGCAUGAUUCUACAUAAAUAUACAAAGCAAGGAUACAGAGUAAUUGCAAUGGGACGUACAGAUGUUGACUAUACGUACAGUAAAAUUCAAAGAAUGCCGAGAGAGAUGAUUGAACAGAAUUUAGAAUUUUUGGGUCUAGUUAUACUUGAAAACCGCCUUAAGGAACCCACGAUAAAUGUGAUUAGAGAAUUGAAGGAAGCGAAUCUUCACAUAGUAAUGAUAACUGGUGACAAUAUUCAAACUGCCGUGAGCGUCGCCAAGGAAUGUGGAAUAUUAACACCGUCAGAAACUGUAAUAGAUGUAACCGUUGUACCUGGGGAUAAGCAGUCGCCACCCAAAAUAUUUUUCAAUACGCAAGGAUUGCCACUGAAAAUAAAACUGCAGAAUCGCAAAACAAUUAUAACAACCCUAGAAACAAUAGAGAGAGGUGUAGACGUGCAUAAUUACAAAUUUGCCCUAACCGGUCAAACUUGGCAGCUUCUACGCGAGCACUACCCCGACAUUUUGCCAAGAAUAUGUGUACGCGGUGCAGUUUUUGCUAGAAUGACAAGUGAUCAGAAACAACAAUUGGUUUUGGAAUUGAUGCAGCUUGGAUAUUACGUUGCAAUGUGUGGCGAUGGAGCCAAUGAUUGCGGAGCACUAAAAGCAGCACACGCUGGAGUUUCACUUUCAGAAGCCGAAUCGAGUGUGGCUAGUCCCUUCACGUCUCGCACACCCGACAUAACUUGUGUACCAAAAGUGAUAAGAGAAGGAAGAGCUGCUCUAGUUACUUCUUUUGGUAUCUUCAAGUUCAUGGUGACCUACUCGCUGACGGAAUUCCUCUCGGUGAUAAUUCUUUACUCCAUCGACUCAAACCUUACGGAUCUACAGUUCCUGUUCAUCGACAUCUGUCUCAUAGUCAAUUUUGCGUUCUUCUUUGGCAAGACACAGGCCUAUGAAGGAAAACUGGCUAAGAACCCACCGAUGACAAGUUUAUUAAGUUUUACACCACUCUUCUCUAUGACUACGCAGAUGAUUUUGAUGACAAUAUUCCAAGUGGCAGCUUUCUACGCAGUCAAGCAAUUUCCCUGGUUUGACCCAUUCGUUUACACACCAGAAGUUGGCUAUACCUGCUACCAGAACUACUCGGUCUUCUGCAUCUCAAUGUUCCAGUACAUAACUAUGGCGGUGAUAUUCUCCAGAGGAAAACCAUACAGAAAGGCCAUCUACACGAAUAAUGCCUUCAUCGUCUCCAUUCUUCUCUUGGUAGCGGUAUGUUCCUAUAUAACGUUGUAUCCAGCUGCAUGGAUCAUCAAUCUUCUUCAGCUGAUCAUGCCCCCAGAUUUUGAAUGGCCUGUCAUUAUAUUAGUACUGUCGUUCGUCAACUUCUUAGCGUGCAUCUUCUUUGAGAGUUUUGUCAUUGAGUACGCCGUUGAGAAGAAGAUUAAACCUAAGCUGUACAGACCUGAACGCUCUAAGAAGCGUUAUCUUACUGUGGAACAUGAAUUGAGAAACAAUUUAAGUUGGCCCAGUCUCAACGAGAAUUUUCCAACUUUACCAAUAACGCACAGUGUCGAGAGUAUCAUCAAGACAACCGGCGCACAGUUUGCGCGAGGAUCUAAGGACGAGGGUAGCCAUAUUACAAGUGUUAAGGAAGAGGACAAUAUUCGUACUGGCAUUGAUAGUCAUAAUGAUCAGGAGAAUGGAAUUGACAAUUUGGCAUUUGUCAAUGACGAGUUGCUACCAACUUCAAAUAUGACGACGAAAUUCUGAAGAAACUUCUGAAGAUUACUAUUUUUGAUAUUUUUGUUUUGUCUGGAGACAAACAAUCUUUAUCAGUAUUCAAUAAGUAUUACGUGAUGAGGAAAGACACGAAUCAGCUGACUAAUGGCUGUGAAUCAAUAUGAGAAUGCAUGGGAAUGGACGUCUUGUAAUAUAUUUUAUUGAUUGGAUUAUGUAUAAAAAUGUAAGGAAAUGAAUGUCAUAUAGAAAAUAUAUAUAGAGUUUAGUUUUAA